UACCUCUGCCUGGCUUGGCAAUGAUGAUGGCGGCUGCCCUGUGGCUCCUGCUCCUGUUUGCUUGGUCUGCAGGUGCAGAGCUUCGCUUGGCCUCAUAUUAUGCUGAUCACAUGGUAUUGCAGAAGGAACCAAGCCAGGCAGUCAUAUGGGGCUAUGGAGAUUCUGGUGCCAACAUAAUGGUGACUGCUUCAAUGGGUCACAAAUUUGUGAAAAAAAUGGCAGAGGUUCAAGGAGGCUAUAAAGUUUGGAGAGUUGUUCUGAGUCCUAUGGCUGCAGGUGGCCCUUAUGUUAUACAUGUUCAGCAGUACAACAAGGAGAAAGUGUCAAAUGUAACAUUGAAUGAUAUCUACUUUGGAGAUGUCUGGCUUUGCAGUGGGCAAAGUAACAUGGAAAUGACUGUUUCGCAGAUAUACAACGCUAGCCAGGAGCUUGCGGAGGCUUCCCACUAUCCACUUGUUCGUGUAUUUGCAGCUUCUCUUGUUCAGUCCGAGAAGGAACUGGAGGAUCUUGCUGACAUCACUUUGCAGUGGUCUGUUCCAACAGCCAAAAACUUGGGCCAUGGAGACUUCAGUUACUUCUCAGCUGUGUGCUGGUUGUUUGGCCGAUAUUUGUUUGAGAAGCUCAAGUAUCCCAUAGGACUGGUAGAGUCCUCCUGGGGAGGGACACCAGUUGAGGCCUGGUCUUCCAAGAGAGCACUGAAUGAAUGUGGGAUUUCUGAGCCAACAGAAAGAAUGUCAUCCUCAUACCUUAAUGCUGGCCCCAAAGAGGGGUCAGUACUCUGGAAUGCAAUGAUUCACCCUCUUCUCAACAUGACCAUAAAAGGUGUAAUUUGGUAUCAAGGUGAAGCAAACACUCUCAUGAACACAGAUCUCUACAACUGCACUUUCCCUGCACUCAUUGACGACUGGCGGAAAGCCUUCCAUGAAGGAUCUGAUGGGCAAACGAAGGAGGACUUUCCCUUUGGCUUCGUCCAGCUCUGUACGAAUCAGCGUGUGGAGGUGAAUGACCACUUUCCACGCAUCCGAUGGCAUCAAACAGCGGACUAUGGCUACGUGCCCAACAAGAGAAUGCCCAACACCUUCAUGGCUGUGUCCAUAGACCUAGGUGAUGAUGGCUCUCCCUAUGGCAGUAUCCACCCCCGAGAUAAGCAGACUGUGGCCUAUCGAUUGCUUCUUGGUGCACUGGCAAUAGCUUAUGAAGAGAAAAGCAUAGUCUUCCAGGGUCCAUACCCUCAAAAAGUGCAGGUGGAUAGAGCCCAUGCAGCUAUUAAUGUCACCUAUGAAGAGCAAGUCGUGCUCCGCCACAUGAACAACAAGACGUUUGAGGUCUGCUGUUUUGCUCAGCCAGAAUGCAAGUGGAGACCCGUGUCCAUCGUGUCCUCCUCAUCCCGUUCGGUGGUUCUGCAGAAUGUGCCCUGCCCAGAUGCUGUUGGCGGCCUGCGCUAUGCGUGGCACGAAUGGCCGUGUGACUACAAACUGUGUCCUCUCUACAACUCGCAAGCGCUGCCAGCCCCUCCAUUCAUUACAUUUGCCCACGAUAACCCUGGUUGGAGUACAUUGUGAGUGGAAUGAUAACCCACAGGAUGGACGGCAGCUUAGAUUUUGGAUUUACAGGCCAGAGCACACAGGAGCAAAGCAAAGGAUUAUUUUUUAUUGAAUGUAGUAAACUUCUCAUGCUGAUGGUUGCAGAGAAAAUUGUAAGACCGGGUAGAGGGGAGGAGUGCUUACCAGAAAUGUGGGGGUGGAUGGAUUGCUUCUGAAAAUCAGUUCUUGCACACAAUACCUGCCUAGACCUUUGUUACAGUUGAAACAUUUUCUAGGAAUUGCACUAGAAACUGGGGAAGGCCAUAUACACCGUCCAUGCAUACGAGGCACACGUGCCACCUAGUCCUAUGCAUGCUUACUCAGAAGUAAGUCCCAUUGAAUUCAGUCAGACUAACAGCCAAGUAAAUCUCAAAAACAUUGCAGUCUUGAUUCUGAUAGGUCAUAUGUUGCAUUGGCUAUUUUGAUAGGCCCAUAUUCUCAGGAUACUGCAGCAGUUCAGAAAUCUCUUCCGCAUGCUGUGAUAUUGUGGAGCAUUGAAUCAUCAUGGUGAAACAAGGCAAACCUUUUAAAGAACAUUAUUUCUGUUAGGAGUAGGCUUAAUUCAAAUUAGGGCCUUGGGCGAGUCCAAUAUAAUCUACCUGUAGCAUAGAACUGAACUGGCUACUGAGAGAAUUUGAGUUUCUCGUUCAGCUUCUGCUCCAGGAGUUAUACCAUCUAGCAUAACAUUGACACUGCACUAACACCCCUGUUCCACUCAGCACCCUUCUAUAUUAAAAAGCCCAUUUAUCACUGAACGUCUGGUUUGAAAAGUGACUGUAAGGAAGUGCAUUACUCACCGCCAAAAUCCCCAGCCACUAGCCAUGAAAGUUUCUCCAGCUGUGGAUGCUGAUCAGCUUGACUUCAGCACAUAAAUGGAACUGCUGGCAUGUCUGCCUUUGAGGAAACAGUGAGCCAGUCUUUUGCACUCAGACUGCAGAUUGUGCCCAUUAUGCCAACCAGAGCAGAAAAAGGGAACAGCCUGCUUCUUUGGUUAUGUUCGCUGGAUUUGAGUUAAUACACAAGAGGCCAGACCUGCUGAGUAAUGUGUUCAGGAAGAACAGAUGCACAGCAUAAGGAUGAUGUGCGAGCAAGAAUGGUGUGCUUUAUUCGCCUCCUGCUGGGUGCGCCAACAUUAGACUUGCGGCUUUUGAGAGGAACUUGUUUCUGUAGCCAUUCUGCGUUAAAUGUCACAUUGACUGAGGGUGAGAGAGAGUGGCAAGUUGAUGAACAUUUUGAUAUUCUGUGGCUCCGAGCCAUUAGAAAGUUUGGACUUUGCCCUUGGAGAAUACGCUUCAUCGUAGCCCUGUGGGGUAGUUGUUAGUAAGGUGCUGUUUCUUUUUGUCAUCUGUUUUCAAGAUGGAGACCAGAGCACUACAACACAGGGUUGUUGUGAAAGGAACAGCAAAGUGUGCAAUUUGACUACAGAUUAAGGAAACUACAAAAGGAUGUAUGUCUGAGAACAAGGUGGAAAAUAGUCAGGUUAUUUAGAUAAAAUCUUUCAAGCUUUCAGUUAUAUUAUUAAACGUGACUUAAAAUAUAGUCCAGAUUUAGCAUUGGCAAAUCUUAAAAUUUGGUCUUAACAAAUCCAUAAACCUCAGUCAGGUUGCAACUUGAAUUUUAUAACGGUAUAGUCUGCAGUAGGACAUCUUGUUGCCAUGCAAAUUAUGAAUAAUUACCACAAACCAAAAAUAAUGGAGACCUCUUUGGUUGAACAGCAGUGUUUGCCCAUAGUAUUCAUGGAUUAAGACCAAAGAGUAAGACCUGUUAACAUAGUAAGGUCUUACUAAUGUGUAAACAGAUGGCAGUGGGAUGUCGGGUCUUGGGGACGUACACUCUGUGUGUCUUGACUAGUAUGCUUGUCGGCCCCACAAAAAACCUGUUUUAAUUUUAUCAUUGAUUUCUUACUUUGCUAUACAUUUUAUAGUGCCAAAAGUAUAUGGACUACAUAAGUAAAGUUUGGGAUAAUAUUUCUAUGCAAUACAAAGUCAGAUUCAUGUGUUUUCAUUGGUAUAUCAUCCAUUUUGUAUGUGUUCUUGUAAUUCUGCUCUUAUUUGAACAACAUUAGAAAUGUGAGUUAGAGUGGGCAUUUUUCUUGUUGAUUUAAAUUACUUCCGUAAAAUGAUUUUGACCAUGCAAAGAAUAGAUUGGAUCUAAGGUCAUUUCACCAACUGCCUUCUAAAGGUCUAUCUCAGCAAGCUUUGUGUUCCCCACAGAGGCUCUCUGAAGUCCACAAGCAGAGCUUGCAUGCAGAAUGUUCCAGGGCAAGAGAUUUAUUACUUCAAAUCAGUCUCAGACAACCUGAUGCUUUCCAGAUUUUCUGGACUCCAACUCCCAACAGAGACCCAUCCUGCAUGGUCAUGAAUUCUGGGAAUUGAAGUCCAGAACAUCUGAAGGGCACCAAGCAGAGGAAGGCUGCCUUAAAACAGCAUCAAAUCUUCUCUUUCUUAUAUCCCAACCCUUGUACUUCUUUUAAAAAGUUGCAAAUGCACUAAAAUGAGUACCAUACAAAAUUGGGCAUUAAUAAAUUUUGCAAAUUCAUGUUUAACUUUC